AUGGUUUGGGGAUGUAUCUCAUAUGCCGGGGUUGGAAGAAUUGUUUUUAUUGAAGAAACAAUGACAGCUGCAGUGUAUAAGCAACUUUUAGCUAAUAACUUGAGACAAUCUGCUUGUGAAAUGGGUCUUGAGGAAUUUAUCUUAAUGCAAGAUAAUGAUCCUAAGCAUACCUCAAAACUUGUUUCCAACUGGUUAGAUGAAAAAGAGAUUCGAGUUUUAGAUUGGCGACCACAGAGUCCAGAUUUAAACCCUAUUGAGGCAAUCUGGGUUCUUGUAAAGUGUAAAUUAGCUCAAUUUGGUAAAUUUAAAAAAGAUGAAUUGAAAGAAAAAAUAAAAGAGAUUUGGUAUAAUAUACCAGUUAAUUUGAUCAUGAAGUAUGUUAAUAGUUUUCAGAAGAGGUGUCUAGAGGUGUAUAAAGCAAAAGGCUAUAACACUAAAUAUUAA